ACUGGUCUCAGCCCCAUACUUCCUGGCCGUGUGCCCGUGGACCCGUCGCUGCAGCUCUGGGAACCCCAGCGUCCCUGGUGUGGGAAUUUCUUGAUUUGCUCUGAGGAUCAAGAGGAGAUGCUGCCCGGAGCCUGGCUGCGCUGGGCCUGCCUUCUGCUCCUGGCCACGCCCACCCUGCCCUGCCCCAAGGGCUGUGACUGCUUCAGCCGGGAGGUGUUCUGCUCCGAUGAGGAGCUGGCCGCCAUCCCCCUGGACAUCCCGCCACAAGCCACAGACAUCAUCUUUGUGGAGACCUCGUUCACCACGGUGGGGGCCAGGGCUUUCAGCGGCAGCCCCAACCUGACCAAGGUGGUCUUCCUCAACACCCAGGUGUGCCACUUUGGGCCGGAUGCCUUCGGGGGGCUGCCAGGGCUGCAGGACUUGGAGAUCACUGGCGGUACCUUCUCCAACCUCAGCGCUGACAUCUUCUCCGGCCUGACCUUUCUGGGCAAGUUCACCCUCAACUUCAACAGGCUGGAGGCUCUGCCCGAGGGCCUCUUCCAGCACAUGGGCGCCCUGGAGUCCCUCCAGCUGCAGGGCAACCGGCUCCAGAUCCUGCCCGGGAGGCUCUUCCAGCCUCUGAGACGUCUGAAGACCCUCAACCUCGCGCAGAACCUCCUGGCCCAGCUUCCCGAGGAGCUGUUCCACCCCCUGGGCAGCCUGCAGACCCUGAAGCUGAGCAGCAACGCGCUGGCCAGCCUGCCCCAGGGGCUGUUCAGCCACCUGGGCAGCCUGCAGGAGCUCUUCCUGGACGGCAACUCCAUCUCUGAGCUGCCCUCGGAAGUGUUUGCCGGGCUCUCCCACCUGGAGAAGCUGUGGCUGCCCCACAACGCCAUCAGCCACCUGCCCCGGUGUGUCUUCUCCUCCCUGGGCAAGCUGGCCUUCCUGAACUUGCAGGGCAACGCGCUGCGGACACUGCCCUCUGGCCUCUUCGCCCAUUCCCCGGGCCUGGUCAGCCUGUCCCUGUCCCACAACCAGCUGGAGACCGUCCCCGAGGAUGCCUUUGCCAAUCUCUCCAGCCUCGGGUCCCUCACACUCUCACACAACGCCCUCACCCAUCUCCCGGCCGGCGUCUUCAAGGGCCUCGAGGGGCUGGUCAACCUCUACCUGGGCAGCAACAACUUGACGGCCCUGCACCCCGCCCUCUUCCAGAACCUGUCCAAGCUCGAGCUGCUCAGCCUCUCCAGGAACCUGCUGACCACGCUCCCCGGGGGCAUCUUCGACACCAACUACAACCUGUUUAACCUGGCCCUGCACGGCAACCCCUGGAGGUGUGACUGCCACCUGGGCUACCUCUUCCAGUGGCUGCACCAGUACAGCGACCGGCUCUUCAACAUCCAGACCUACUGCGCCGGCCCCGCCUACCUGAAGGGCCAGGUGCUGCCCGCACUGAGGGAGGAGCAGCUGGUGUGCCCCAUCACCCGGGACCACCUGGGCUUCCAGGCCCCGGGGGCAGAGGACAGGGAGCCGGGGGGUGGCUGGGACCUGGCUGCGGAGGAGGGGGCCACCCGGAGCCGGUGCACCUACAGCAACCCCGAGGGCACCGUGGUGCUGGCUUGUGACCAGGCCCGGUGUCGCUGGCUGAACGUCCAGCUGUCCCCCAGGCAGGGCUCGGGCUCCCCGGGCCUCAUGCUCAAUGCCAGUCGGGAGUGGGACCUGAAGUCCAGCUGUGGCUCUGUGAGGGUCACUGUGUCCAUCAGGGCUCUGGCAGGGGAGCCCUAGGUGCGGGCUGAUGGGCCGGGAGCCUGGGCAGACAGCCUCCGGGCCCAACCAGGCAAGAGACGGUGACGGGAGCUGCAGCUCUGGUUGUUCAGAUGCGAGGGAUGGAGUUGCAUCUCCAAGGUGGACGAGGGGGAGGCGGCCGUUCCACCACCCAGAGUCUCUCCCUCCUCCUCCAUCACCCUCGUCUGAGUCUGAGACCUAACAGCGCCUUCCUUAAGCUUUGCAAAGCACCCGUGAGAGCUGCAUUGUGGUCCGGAGAAUAAAAUAACACCACUGCCCAGUGUUUUU